GCUAACCAAAGCAAGAAAAAGGUUGCUACUAAGAAGAAUCGUAAAGAGGAAAAACAAGAGAGAGUGUUUGGUCGACGAUAUGAAGAAGAACAAGGCGGCGUUGGUGCUCAUACUUUUGACUGUGUUGCUGCUCUGUCAUUCUGAUUUGGAGUGCUCCACCGCACAGGAUUCCAGCCCGUACGGGUGCUACGAUGUUUGCACCACUUUCUGCGUUCAGUAUUUGUCUGAUGCGAGGCGCAUGCGUCGAUGUGAAAUCAAGUGCGGCAUAGAAUGCGACUACUGAUCAACUGGUUCGGGAUUGAAGGAAUUACUAGCAGUAAUCAUCGAUCUGAUCAGUUCAUGAAGUCUUCAUAUGCCGCCAUCUCUCGUUAUGCUAUUUUGUACAUUUUCUUUCCUAGAACAGGAAGAAGAAGAAGAAAAAAAAUGUCAAGUUUUAAUAUCAUUCAUAUAUAAUCAGAUCUAUUGUGAUGAUGAUCAUCAGGCAGUUGUUGAUAUGUUUAACCCUGCAAGUUGUGACAGGAAACAAAGGAGACUGAGUAGUCUGUCGGAUGUAAAGUAUGCAAAUAACCUGAUGAAGCCUCAUAUUAAAACAUGGGAUGAAUGAUCUCUUUCUUUUUUCCUUCUGAAAUAAUCUUGGGUGUAUUGG